AUGAGAUCGAAAACCACAGUAAGAAAUUUAGUAAAUAAAAUUGCUGACCAAGAAGGCCUCUUCUCGCAUGACACUGAGGAGAUGGAUCUGAAACCGUUGAUUAGAAAAUGGAGAGGGACGUUUAUGAAGGAUGAAAUCAAGAACUACGCCCUGAAUCAUCUUUAUGUAACCGAUCCUACUAUGAACAAGAAGGACUUGCAGAGAAAUUUGAAGAUCCUCAAUGAUAACAUCGAUGUGAUGGGUACAACUGAUGGCUUUCAGAAGAUAGAGAAGCAAAUCGGGCUCGAUGAUAAGAUCUUACAGAAGUCAUCUACUGUAAGCGCGCUCAAACCAAUGAAAGAUCUUGAUCCUUUCCUUGAGAAGAAAGAGACAUAUGAACAGAAGAAACAGAAAUUAGAUGAAGAAAGAGAUAGACAACUUGCCCAAGUAGAGGAUCUUAUGAAAAAGAGGAGAGAGAAAAUGACCAAGCUACGCCAAAAGCAAGAGCUUCAAAAGCUCGAGCAAGAAGAGGAAGAAGAAAAGACUAAUCACGAACAGAAGGUCAAAGAACUUGAAGAAAAGAUCCAGAAUAUAGAAGCUGAGCGGAAGAGGAAGAUUGAAGAGAUGAAUGCUAAUACUAAGAAGAUCGAAAAGCCACAUUUUAGGAAGAUUCAGAAAAAUUACACCGACAAAGUCCUAAUGCCAAACCUUGAACAGAAAAAGAAAAAGCUAGCCAUGAUCAGAGACAUGCAUAAGCCUAUCGACAUGGAUGAGAUCUUUGAGCACAAGAAGAAGAUGGAUGAGAUUGCAGAGAAGCACCGCAAAGAAUUUGAGAUGAACAGGCCCAAGGAUGACUUCACUUACAAGAAGUAUGAAACAAACUGGCUCAAAAACGUCAAAGAAUAUGAGUACCAGAACAAAGAAGAAACGGAGAAGAAGGAAGGUGAUAAGAAAGAGCUGUAUGAGAAAAUGAGAAGUUACGGCGACAUGGUCAAGGAGAUGCACUGGCCAACUGUUUCUAAGAAGAAACAGCUUGAGAUGCAACUGCUUAAGCAGAGUCUCAAUCAUCCUAUCAAAAACCGUUUAAACGGGUCUACUUUGAGCUCAAAUGCCGGUAAUAGAAGAUCGACUGAGAAUUUAUUAAGCCAUGGCGGCUUCCAGUCUGAUAGAGAGGAUGAGCAUUCUAAUACUGUUAAGAGGAGGAAGAUUAUCUGGAAAGAGAAUCCUAUGGUCCCAAAGCCCAAGCCUAAGAAGACAGCACAAGUAGUAGAUUGGCUCCUAGAGCGUCGUAAGGCCAGAGAUGAGCAAGAUAGGGAUGGCCCUACAUACAAGAAAGAUAUCGUCAACGACUGGAAGAAAGACAUUGAAAAGGCCAAUCUUAAUCAGAAAGAAAAGUAUGAACAGCUCGAAGAGGAAGCUAGAAGAAAAGAAGAGAUGGCUGUUCUUGGCCAAGGCGGUGCAAUGGAUGAUAAUGACAAGCUGUUGAUAUUUGAAUCUAUCAAGGCAAAGCUGAGUCUUAUGGAAGAAUUUAAUUCAUAA